AUGAGCUCGUUCAUCCAGGAGCUGCGCCAUCUCAGCAACAGCAGCACCAUCAGCAACAUCAGCUGCACGAGCAACGAUUCGGGCGUUUCGACUUCUUACUGUGGCGAUUCCAACGUCGGCAGUGGCCGGGCCGCUGCCACCAACCUCAGCAACAACAACAGCAACAUACAGAUACAGCCAAGCAGCGGUGCGAUGAAUUCGCACCAACCACAGCCAAACUGCAAACCGACAGGUACGUUACCGAAACUUGAUUGCGCCAAUAAUUCGGCAAUGUCCAGCAUCAUCUGGGGCAACAAAUCACUGUGGGGUCCGGCACCGCCUCCCUCACCGUCGGUAGCAACGGUGCCAUCUACGUUAGUGACACUGCCAGCAGUAGUAGCAGGAGCAGCAGCAGCAUCUCUAAAACCGCCAUCGGUUCUUUCUAGUGCAGUUACAACAAACCCUACCUCGAACGCGUUGUAUGCUAGCUUAAGUAAAGAAUUGUACACGCCCUGGACAACAACAUCCACUGCCUAUGUGACACCGUCAACGAUGGUGCCGUCACAAAUGCAGCCAUCACUACUGCCACCCUCCAUCACACCCGCGCAGAAUAAUGACCACGCACUCCUUCCCAAAACUACCUCCCCCUCAUCCUCCUCCUCCAUCUUUUCGACCGGCAAUCUUAGUACGAAUAUUUGGGAAAGUAAGCUCGGGCUGGUCAGUGGCCCUCAGCAAAGUCUGGAGCCAUUAGAGUCUAUCUGGUCGGCACCGGAACCUUCGUCAGCGGCGGCAGCAGCCGCCAGCAUGAUCGGUGGCUUGACAGGCUGCGAGCAGCAGCAGCAGCGGGUUGGUGAUGCCGUAGCAAAUGCUUGGCGAUCCGAUGUUCCGUCCGCUGCCCGAGAUCCGUAUGCGAUUGGAUCUCAAUUCUUGCGAGCAGACGAAUCGAAGGGCGCUGGUGGUGCUGGUAGACUGCCCGGUGGUACGGGUGAGGCGAUCGACACUACACCAAAGCUUAGUUCUCUCUGGACACCGGGACCAUGGUCGAACGCUGUCGAUAGUGCAGCGAACAGUGGUAGCAAUAUAAGUGUCCUACGAUCGCUACGUAUGGGCGGGUCCGCUUGCUCCACCACCAACGUCCCGAGCAGCAGCAACGAGGCCGGCAACACCGUCGCCAAGGGUUUGGAAUCGAACGAGCGACCGGGAGAAAACACUGAAGUGUCCACCAAAUCUUUCCUGCCCGCGGGUUCGGAAGAUGUCAUGAACUAUCUCAGUAUAUUUAAUUAG